GUUACCUCGCAAAUUCAAGUUACCCGUCUACUUGCAAUCGCGACGCAACUGAGGCAGAUUUGUCAAAUAGGUGGUUCCGCUUACCGUCCCCGCGUCGACGACGCACACUGGCUGCCGGUUUGUACUGUCUGUUCUGAGAGUGACUUGCUAAAGAAUAUUCCGAACAAUCACUCAAUGCUUUUCAUCGUGAUUAGGCUUCUUCAUCGACGCCACUUACUCACGCGUGGGAAUUCAUUGUUUCUGCCACUCGACCAUCAUGACUAUACUCGAUGUCGACGACGGGCUCGUGAAAGUCCCGAUUAUAACCAUACAACCCGCUUUCACCACGGUUAUACAAGAAGUAUGGUCAGGAAUUAUCCCAUCAGAGGAAGUUUGGUUGUCGCGAUACCACCAAGGUUCAGACUCGAUACACGACAGGAUACGUGUCACUCUGGAUGAAGAAGACCGGGAUAAGGUAACCUGGGAAUCACUUCGAGGGAAACUAGAGUUGUCGCGCGAUGACGAAUCUGGCAGUUAUGGUGUCGACUCCGUACGACUCCUGGUUCCCAUCCAGCAUUAUCACUUGGAAGAAACUCCGAAAGCGCGUCGAAUAACCUCACUCGCAAUCUCUCCAGACCAAUCUCAAUUUGCUGUCGGACUGCUCGAUGGAUCCAUCUAUCUAUAUCCCAUCGUUCCACCCCGAACUGCCGUCAAAUAUCCUGAACCACAAGUCGCAGAGGUGCUGCAUAUAAGACAAACAUUGGUUGAAGCUCUAGGGAAGAAAACGGCGCACAAAAGCACGGUCACAUCUCUACGGUUCUUUCCAUCGUCGCGGGUCCUACUGUCAGGUGGUGCAGAUUUUACGAUGAGCAUAUGGCCCGCUGAACCAUUACCACCUUCCUCUAUGUCUCAAAAAACAGCAUCACCGACUCCAGCUCGAACACUCAUGGCCCAUACACGUCCUAUCUCCUCAGUAGCGAUUAACCCCCUUGACCGAGGGAGAACUGUGCUUUCGGGUAGCGCAGAUGGUACGGUUAGAACUUGGAAUGUCAGCAGUGGGAGCGAAGUCGUAGACAGGAGGAUCAGGCAUGGUGGCAGUGGGUUAUCAGCAAUGGUUUUAGACCCUGAAGCAGAGACGCUUUAUUGCGCACUCCAGGACGGCUCCUUCGAGAUUUUUGCCCUCCAACUAUCUUCGGCGGAUCAAUCAGCCUCCAACCAGAAUGUCCCUGACGAGAAUACCACUGCCCCUCCUAACCAGCCUCUCUUCAAAUCCGGUCGGUCUAUUGGAGGAGCUUUGACUUCUAUCGCGGUUUCUUCCAAAUCCGAUUCGACGCCUAGACUUCUAGCUACAGGAACGGUGAACGGGAUUGUCAGCAUCUACCUCAUCGAUGGAGAGCUUCCGACUCAUCUGGUAUCUUUCAAAAGGAACGGCGCAAACAUCGAGGCCCUCUCUUUCCUCCCACAUCCAAUAUCCAACCAAUCCUCGCUUUCACUCGGAUUAGCUGUAGCCACGUCAGAUGGAUUGCCUUGGAUUGCUGCGAUCUCCGUAGACAUAGCAACGAAAGUGGCUACGGUGACGCCCUAUGCAGAACUAACGGGUGGGGAGAUUGAUUCGGUUCGAGAUAUUGUUGCAAUCAGUGGGGAGGUUUGGACCGUCUGUGAUGACGGUUUGGUUAGGCGGUAUCUCGUCGCAUGAGGUUGGACGUUCGUUUUUGCGAAUUGGUGGUCAUUUGUGGAUCAAAAAGGCGCAAGAGGGAUACUGUUGUAUCACAUAUAACUUCUAAAUCAUUACAAGCGGGUGUUCUGUAACACGCGAUCAGGCUGUGCGCAGUCAUGCUAAACAGAAAGGGAGGCAGGACAACCCAACUUGCCCAACAUUGAUAUGUUCCACCAAGUCCUGAUAUCUGCUGCCUGGACUAUACUAUCUUCAUUCGAUCGCGCACGUCCUCAGUUAUCAAUCUUGACGGCAAAUACGACGGCGAACCAAACUACAGGCCUGGUCACGAUGUCGAAACCACAUUCUAUUGAAUAUUGCCAUAAAUGACUUCGUUCCACCGCCUAGCACCCCCUCACUUUCCUCGCUGUAUCGUUUGCCAUCACCACAAACAAUCUCUUCGCGAUAUCCCACACAAUACUUACUUGAAGCACACCGCAUAGUCCCUACAAAGAUAGCCUCAUUGCAUCUGUCGUUGGCGGUGGUGCUCUCACAAUUCAAAGCCGUUCACAACAGUUACUUUUGGUUGGUUUCUUGGGCUAUGAUUUCUCCUCAAGCAGUUUCGUCGGGGGCGAUGCAGACGAUUCAAUUCCGUUGCACCGAUUGCCGCUCCAUUCGAGGUCUUAUAAAGUUGGUAGAGGAGCAUGAGCAUGGGACGAGAUCAGUCACUACUGCAUGAUGGGACAAUAAUAGAGCUAAUAGAGCUCGGGCUAACAGAACUUCCAUUUCAGAGUUGCGAUGUCUCUUGCGGUGCUAAUCGCUGAAUACGAUUCUGAAAUCCAUCUUUCAGUUCACCGAAAUCGAGCAGGGUGGACAUCUAUAAGGAAAACGGUGCACCUGACGACUGUGUUCAGUUCAUGGGAACGAUGGAACUGAGUUGGGCUUUGCAAACCGUGAUGUCUCCUCUAGAUCUAUCAGUGUCACGGCAGUGCACAUGUCGCCCCGUUUUCCUCAUCCUUAUACAACCACGAUCACCAUCCGUUCCUUCCUUUCAUACACCAGACUUCCCACCUCACGGUCCACGAAAAUGGAAAUUUUCACUGGUGCAUCUAAAAUCAAGAUUGGCAGAGGAAACUUUUCAAAUGUCGGAGGAGACCAAAUCAACGAUUACACGGUACAUCAAACUAUCAUUCAGACACGAGACAAGAGGACGAAGGUUGGAAGAGGCCUACCAGAACUCUCCGAGUACACCGA